AGUACCUUUCUAGCACCUAGCUAGAUAGUACAUCGAUCCAAAUGGUAAAACUAGCACUACCAGUUGUGCUUCUUGCUUUGCUGUGUAGAUUGGCUUCCCAUGCAGUAGACGCCCAGUGGACGAGCGCGACAGCGACAUUCUAUGGCGGAAGCGAUGGCUCCGGCACCAUGGACGGCGCGUGCGGGUACGGCAACCUGUACAGCGCCGGGUACGGGCUGAACAAUGCGGCGCUGAGCACGGCGCUGUUCAACAACGGCGCCAUGUGCGGCUCGUGCUACACCAUCGUCUGCGACAGCAGCAAGACUAACUGGUGCAAGCCGGGCACGUCUGUCACCGUCACGGCCACCAACUUCUGCCCGCCCAACUACGCGCUCCCCAGCGACAAUGGCGGCUGGUGCAACCCGCCGCGCCGCCACUUCGACAUGUCGCAGCCCGCCUGGACGAGCAUCGCAAUCUACCAAGCCGGGAUCGUCCCGGUGCUUUACCGAAGGGUGCCGUGCAAGAAAAGUGGGGGCAUCAGAUUCACCAUUAGCGGGAGGGAUUACUUCGAGUUGGUGACGGUGACGAACGUCGGCGGCAGCGGCGUGGUGUCGCAGAUGUGGAUCAAGGGGUCAAACACAGACUGGCUGACGAUGAGCAGGAACUGGGGCGCAAACUGGCAGAGCACCGCGUACCUGAACCGCCAGAGCCUGUCCUUCAUGGUGAAGAUCGAUGACGGCCGCGUGCUGACGAUGUGGAGUGUCGCUCCGUCGAACUGGUACUUCGGCGCUACCUACACGACCAACUGGGCGAACUUCUAGCUGAAAACAUGGACGAGUGACAUAAUAAUACGCAACUAGUGUGUGUGCAUAUAUAUAUAUAUAUAUAUAUAUAUAUAUGACCUGUUACUAUGAGCUCUACGACGAUUGAUUAAUGCCGUACCCUCUUCGAAGUAGAUAGGCGAUGAGGUGAUCAUCAGUUUACAAUUUUUUAUUGUUCUAAUUGAUGUUUUUUGUGAGAACCCGCCUGUAAUACCUGCAUUUGUACUAUAGUCAGCGGCUUGGGAUCACGGAGCCCUCUAAGCAACAAAUGCAGUACAUAUGUAUGGACUAAAAGCUUAUUCAUUUGCGAAGCAGUUAUUUAA